AUGGCUCGUGAAAAUUGGAGAAAUUAUUUUGAAUUUUCUCCUUUUGAUAAAAAGCGAACUAAUGGCUUAUGUAGAUUAUGUAAUCGAAAUUACAAAGAUCAAAAUGGAAUCUAUAGUAAUUUUUUAAAACAUUUAAAACGAAUACACCCCACAGAAUACGACCAAAUUUUCAAUCGUGAAAACGAUUUCUCCAAUGAUGAGAGGAAUACAAUUGAUAUUGAUCAAACAACAACUGAUAUAUCAAAUACAAAAUCCAGAGAGAAUCGUAUUACUCUAUCCAUUACCAAAAAUCUAAUUAUUCGAUGUAAUUUACCAUUAAAUUUGGUCGAAAACCAAGCUUUUCGAGAUUUUAUGAAAGAAUGUUAUUUUAAAUAUGAGCCUGUAUCAUCGAAAAAAAUAAAACGUGAUAUUAUCCCUUCGUUAAGAAAUAAAGUAUUCGAAAAAAUUCAUGAAACAUUAAACAAUGUUAAUUAUAUAACAUUAACUAUUGAUGUUUGGUCCGAUCGUCGCUGUCGAUCUUUUCUCGGUGUUACAUGUCAUUUCAUUGAUAAUAGGAUGAUACCACAAGCGUAUUUAAUCGAUCUUUUACGUCUCAAAUCUCCUCAUACUAGUGAAACCAUUCAGCAACUAACAGAAGACGUUCUUGAACGUUUUCAUAUCAAGAAAAAGAUAUUUAAAAUCACUACCGAUAAUGCAUCGUCAAUGAUUAAAGCAUACAAGUUUGGCUUAUGUGUUAGUGCUGAUGAUGAAGAAGCUGAUGGUCAAAGCAAGUUGAUCUUAGAUUUUGAUUCAACCUAUGACGAACUUGAGUCAGAUAUUCAACCUCACAAAUUUGAAAUUAUAAACGUACAACUGGAUGAUUUUCAUCAAUCUGAAGAUGUGGCAUCAGUACGAUUAUCGUGCUUCGCCCAUACCAUACAAUUAUGCGUACGUGAUGGAUUAAAGAAUGUGCCACAUAUAUCACGAGUGCUUGAAAAAUGUCGAAUACUACAAACAUGUUCAAGUCAAUCAUCUAAAAUUGCCGAUUUACUCGAUGAAAUACAUAAACAUGUCAACAAAAUGACUAUCACAAGAUGGAAUAGUGAAUAUAUGCUGAUUAAAUCUAUUCUAUCGAUUAAGAAAACCGACUUAGAAUCAAUUGUUAAAUUGAUGGACAAUCCAGUAACAUUCUUGGCUAAUGAUUUUACAAUUCUGGAAGAAAUUCUUGAAAUUCUUGAACCCUUUAAUGAAAUUUCUGUUAAGUGUCAAGCAGUUACAAUUGUUACUGUUAGUCUUAUCGUACCGGCGAUAAUACAUUUAAUUACUCAUUUACGUGACAUUAAAUCAAACCUCACAUUCUGUAUGAAACUUGUUGAACAACUUCAAGUAGCAAUCGAAACGCGUUUUGCUGGUAUUAUUCACCGAGUAAAUCUAGUGAAUGUGGAGAAAAAUGAUCCAUUUAAUGAUCCUCUAUAUUUUAUGGCAGCUGUACUAGAUCCUUCAUUCAAAUUUUACUGGAUUCGUGAUUUAAAAUUACCUGUGAAUUUUGAGAAUCGAUUAAAACAAAACGUUAUUCAACUUAUUCUUGAUGAAAUUAGCAAAGAUUUACCGACAUUAUCACACUCACACGAUGAAACAUCCUUCUACUCCUCUGCCUCCUCCUCCUUCGCCUCAUCAUCGACACCAUCAUUCGCAACAACAACCAUAACAACAGUUCCUCUAUCUAUUGCACCUAAAUUUAAAAGAAAAAAACUGUUUGCAUACACUGAUAGUAAUGAUGAUGCAAAUCAUAUGCUAGCACUGGAUCCUGCUACUGAGUUAGACACUUAUUUAAAUGAUCCGCUACGAUCCAAGUUCUCGGAAUAUUGGUUUCAUUCUCGACUGAAUCUAUUGAAGAAAUUAGUUACACGUAUUUUCUCUGUUCAAGCGUCAUCUGCACCUGUCGAACGAGUGUUCUCACAUGCUGGUUUGAUUUUGUCAUCACGACGAAUGAAUAUGAAUGAACAAUUGUUUAAAGACUUAGUUUUCUUGAAAGUCAAUCAAAGUUUAUUGUAA